UCUGGACAUGUGCGGGUGGGAAGAGUCUGGCAGAGGGACGGGGUUUUAGGAGACUCACCCACCCUCAAUCUGUCCAACACUCCACACAAACUACUGCAGCACACAGUCUCAGAGACUAAACAUUAAACACACCCAGCCUCCACUCUCGCGCUCUCCCGCUCACUCUCCUGCUCUCGCGCCCUGUCUGAAAAUGCUCUGUUGGGAUCUGUGCUUGGCCUUGUUGUUUAGCAGCCUCCCAGCGUGGGCUCUUCCUUCAACCAACAUCAAAAUCACUCAAGCUCUGCCCCUGCAGCUGCCGGACCCCAGCCAGCCAGUGGCCUGUCCGCUCUUCUGGACCGAGUUUGAGGGCCACUGCUACCGAUUCUUCCCCUUAAACCGCACAUGGGCUGAAGCUGACCUGUACUGUGCUGAGUUCUCCAAUGGCCACAAAUCAGCCAAACUCACCUCCAUCCACAGCUGGGAGGAGAAUGUAUUUGUUUAUGAUUUGGUGAACAGCCGAGUCCCGGGAAUUCCAACGGAUAUUUGGAUUGGCCUGCAUGACAGGAGACAGGAGGGAACUCUGGAGUGGACGGAUGGGUCACCGUAUGAGUACAGCUACUGGGACGGGAACCAGCCUGAUGAUGGCAUCCAUCGCAUCCCUGAGGAGGAGGACUGUGUGGAGAUCUGGUACAGACAGAACAGCGCACUAAGAUCCUGGAAUGACAACAGCUGUGGCAAGGCCUUCCCUUUUGUCUGCAAGAUCCCCACGCUGGAUAACUAGCCUCCCGCCUGAUGUUUGCUUGUUUUGUGUGCAUCUCUGCGUGAUGUCCUGUCACCUCCCGGUCACGGCAUGGCAAACUGGGUCUCCUCUCAUCUCUGUCCCUGCGGACACUGAGCUCCUCCAGCUGCCCCUUCUCCUCCUCUCACCGCACUCCACCAAGGUCCCCCGUCCAUCUGGGCCUCAUUUAGACCAGUGACACACCACUGCACACCCUCUCUGCAAGCUCGCUUUCAGAAACACAGCAUCGUUUCUUUCUCCUGGAGCUGCUGGAUCAUCACUCAUACUGAUGUUAGGGCUGUUUUGAAUGUUGUGAAGGAUUACAGCAGUCUGUUCUCAUUAAAAAAAAAAAAAGACCGGGAGAGUUGCUCGGCUGGCCGCUGGGCAUUUGGAUGUGGAGACUGUGUGCGUUUUCUCAAGCUGAAGGUCUUCGGAAGUCCCCACCCUCACCAGUUGGCUGCUCCAACACUAGGAACAUGAUUUGCUUGCAUUAAAGUUAAAUAUAAUUGUUGUGGAUCCUUUACAUAUAAAAUAAUUCAAUAAU